CGAGAUACGAAGAGAGAAAGACCUGCACAGAGGAGGAGGAGGAGGCUCCUCAUACCAAGACACGGAAAAAGCAGGGGAGGGAAAGAGAAAGAAGAAGGGGCUGGUGGGACCAAACUGGGAGAAUAAGACUUGAAGAAAAUACAGAGAGGACAGAAAGGGAGAGUACCUGGUGCUUUGGACGUCUCCUCCUUCCUCCGCGCAUCCUGUCACGUCAGAUUAGACCCCGAAGGACCGACACCGCGUCCACCCCAGACCCCAUGGGGUAACAGCAGAAGGUUUGGAGGUGAGACUUUUGUUCAGCGACACAGAUGAACAACAGGAAGGAGGAUAUGGAGAUCUCCUCUCACUACCGUCAGCUCCUCAGAGAGCUCAAUGAACAGAGGCAGCAUGGCAUCCUCUGUGAUGCCUGUGUCAUUGUGGACGGAAAGAUCUUCAAGGCCCAUAAGAACAUCCUCCUUGGUUCGUCACGCUACUUCAAGACUCUUUACUGCCAGGUUAAAAAAGGGGCAGAGCCUCAUCACUCGACGACUGUCACUCACCUGGACAUUGUCACGGCAGCAGGUUUCAAAGCCAUACUGGACUUCAUGUACUCGGCGCACCUUGCUUUGACCAGUAAGAACGUGAUUGAGGUCAUGUCAGCUGCCAGCUACCUGCAGAUGACAGAUAUUGUCCAGGCCUGCCACAGCUUCAUUAAGGCUGCACUGGAUAUCAGCAUCCGGUCUGAGAUGGCUGAUGAACUUGCUGACUUUGAAAUGGGAGCUGUUGCUGCCGCUGGCAUAGGUGGGAGUGGAGCAGGUGGUGGAGGCGGAGGAGGAGUAGGCGUAGUAGGUGCAGGAGGUGUUGUGGGAGUGGGGUUUGGAGGGGGCGGAGGGCUCGUAGGCAUGGCUUCUGAAGCACUGGCCUCCAUUAUGUCCGGUCGCAGCACCUCUCCUUGGCUGGCACGUCGCACAAGCCCAGCCAAUUCCUCGGGGGACUCAGCCAUCGCCAGCUGCCAUGAGGGAGGCAGCACGUACGGAAAAGAGGACCAAGAACCCCCGAAGAGCCACGAGAGCCAAGAAGAACCCUGUCAUGACUCUCAGCCUGCCUGGCCACAUGACUACAGGCCUGUUACCAUCAAAGAAGAACAGGUGUCCCCAGCGUCCUCCCAUCCACGGGACACUCCAAGAGGGGCAGCCCAGAGUCAGGGUGAGCAAGGGGCAGGAGGUGCUGGUGGAGUAGGAGAUGGCCCCUGGCAACCAUUAUCAGGUUCAGGGCGGAGGAAGAACAGGAAGAACAAGGACACAGUCAGACAUAUCACCCAGCAGGCGGAGAGAAUCUGGGACAGAGAGCGCGACAGGGAGAGAGACAGGGACAGUAGACCUGAAUCUCCAUUGCCCUCCAUGCUGGCUGUGCCUGGAUGGAACUACAAUGGGCAGGAUAUCCCAGGAGCCGACGUGGCUGAACCCAACAGCUCAGACAGCCGCGGCGAACGCCUUGACUUCUUCCUCAAACAGGAAGAAGCUCUCGCCACAGAGACUGGCUUUCUGGGUCCCAAUGAUUCGGAAGAGCCUGGGGAGGAGCCGGGGUGGAACGAUCUCAUCGGUAGCCAAUCUGAAGGCGGCACUGAUGAGUAA